GCCACCCGCCAGUCAGCCCCACCGGAGACCUGGCGACCGUCUGCUUCGAUUCUCUUGAUCUGAAGAUGGCUGCACAGUCAGCACCGAAGGUUGUGCUAAAGAGCACCACCAAGAUGUCUCUGAAUGAGCGCUUUACUAACAUGCUGAAGAACAAACAGCCGAUGCCAGUGAAUAUUCGAGCUACCAUGCAGCAGCAGCAGCAGCUAGCCAGUGCCAGAAACAGAAGACUGGCUCAGCAGAUGGAGAAUAGACCUUCUGUCCAGGCUGCUUUGAAGCUUAAACAGAAGAGCUUGAAGCAACGCCUCGGUAAAAGUAACAUUCAGGCACGUUUAGGCCGGCCAGCGGGACCCCUCGCUCGCGGAGCCAUGGGAGGAAGAGGACUGUCCAUGGGGCAGAGAGGCUUGCCACGAGGAGCCAUGCGUGGUGGCCGGGGAGCGAGAGCUCUGCUGAGAGGAGGAGUCCCACUCAGAGGGCAAAGCCUGCUUCGUGGAGGACGAGGUAUAUCCCCCAGGAUGGGCCUGAGAAGAGGUGGCAUCAGAGGUCGUGGUGGCCCUGGGAGAGGUGGCCUGGGCAGAGGUGCCAUGGGCCGUGGAGGACUCGGUGGCAGAGGUCGCGGCAUGGCGGGCCGGGGCCGAGGGGGCUUUGGAGGUCGUGGCAGAGGCAGAGGACGAGGAAGAGGAUCGGCACGUCCCGCCUUGACCAAGGAGCAGCUGGACAACCAGUUAGAUGCUUACAUGUCUAAAACGAAAGGACACCUCGAUGCUGAGCUGGAUGCUUACAUGGCUCAGACAGACCCGGAAACAAACGACUGAAGGUGGUUCCCAGAGACUCGCGUUGAAGUUAGUGUGUGAUGUCGGUGCCCAUAAGCUAAAAACGGAAACCCCGGUUCAUGCUGGAAGGACCCGCAGGAAUAGGCAGCGGCCCUGUUCUACCCAGAGAUCAGACUUUAGUGUGUUCCUUUAAUGUUUUGAUACUAUCUGUUGUAUGAAAUCUUUUUUUUUUUUGGAUUGUGGUUUUUUUUAUAUCUUUCCCUGAUUACUCCAAACGUUGAACGUGACAGAUCUGCUGCAGUUACUCCACAUCAGUGCUGGUGCUGGGAUCUCGCGUGUUUAGGUGCCUCUUAAGCUCUGCAGUCGCAUUUUGGGAUGGGCCGUGUCCCCAAGCGUGACCCAAGGGCCGAGUUCACACCCACAAUUCAGUUUAACCCAUCUGAAAAAAAAAAAACAAAAUAACCACGACACCAACCCAAACAAACAACAAAAAAACCCAAACAGAACCUCCCAGCAGGGCAAACAGGUCAGGUUUAGUUGUAGUGCUUAUUCUAGACACACCAAUCUUGUUUUGCACCAAAAGUUCCUCUUGUGUUGGCAAAUGCCCGGUGCAGAGCACUUCCCAGGUUUGAAAACUCUCCCGGUUUGAUUUUUAGAUAAAAGUUUGAAUUUCUUUGCGUUGUGUUCGAACGGAUGGCACCAGCGGUUUCUGUAUCUGCGUGAAAAUAAAUCUUUAUUUAAAAGGAAUUGGAAGCAGGAACAUAAAAUCACAGCUGCGAUGACAAA